UUGUGGACCUUAAAUGUCCACAGUGAUGCUUUAUUAUUGUAUAACAAGUAAAAGUAGCCCUAGCUUACGCCUCACUCAGCGGCAUAUUGCCUUACACACCUGCAAGUGAUCCAGGCUCAUCAAUAUGCUGCUCCUCAUUUAUUAUUACAGAGUGACUCCUGUGGUAAAAUAGAAAAAGAGCCCACAGAGCGUGACAGAGUGAAUGCCGUGGCAGAGUGAGAAUGGACGUUCCUGUUCUACCAAACAACAACCACCCACAGAAGUUCCUUCAUUUGGAUGUCAGGAUGCUGCCGGUUACUCACAAGAUGUUUCAGGGAGUGUUGGAGCAAAGGACGGAGAUAAAAAGCAGGUGGUCCUCCUCCCAAGAGGACUCUGUGGUGUUUGUACAACGAUACCUCGAGAAGCACACAACUCCUGGUAGCCAGCAGUCCCACGUUAAAACAAACCCUUUGUAUAGCACGACGGAUGCGGUGGACAUGAAGAAAUGCAAACCGUCCUGGACCAUCAAGGAGUACACCACGCAGACAGGCCAUGGCGGAUUUACAGACUCUUUACAGGAUGAAGAGAAGACAGCCAAAGAUCUGGACUUUUGGUUGGAGGAUCUUUACACACCAGGGUUUGAUGUCUUACUGAAGAAAAAACAAGCAGAAGAGCGACGGAAAAGACUUCACAAAAUCAUGUGUGUCAUAGGUUUGUCUGUGAGCGUCAUUCUCGUCGUCAUCAUCGUGCCAAUUGUCGUGCUAGGAAAUAAAGUAUGAUUGA